AACCCAGGUGAUGAGGGCUGCCAUAAGGUCCAUUAUAACGUUUGUACAUAUAUUUGUUAUACCACAAUAAGUUUGAGGAAACUCUUGUUCAUAAACAGUAGGUCUUCAUAAAUCCAACUUAUUCCUUAGAAAAUAUAUAAUAUUUAAAAUAUUGUCAUAGUCAUGAGUUUUAAGUGAAAGAAACUAAACAUAUAUUGCACAAAGGUUACUGCCAUAUCUACAAGCAAUCACUUUGGUCACCUCAGAAGUGACUCUCUCAGGGCCACCACUAGUUACAUAAAUAUAAUCAUACUAUCAAAGGGAGUUCAUUUCUGUGUUUAUAUGGACCCAUUGUUUGUGGAGGUUGAAAGUGAUGGAUAAUAUACUGGUAUGUUAAUUUUACUUGGGUCUAUCAUUUGGUAAAUACAUCUAUAUGAAUACAAUGAAAGCAUAUAUCAUGAAUUUUUCAUAGGAUGGCCUUACCACUCUGUUGCUGCCUAGACUGCUGUUGAACUGCCCAUGGCUCUGUUAAUUUGUAUCUCUUUACGAGUUGGACAGCAGUACCUUGAAAGGUUAUUAACGUUCUAUAGCCAUCUACGCAUGUUUGUUGUUUUAUAAGCAGUUUGUUAUCAGACUCGCUAUUGUUUCCACAUCUUAAUUCACUUACUACAGGCAGAUGCUUAAAGCUGACUCAAAAAGGCUGGUGGUUGGGAACAUUCACGUGCUCUAUAACCCGAGACGAGGGGAUGUCAAACUAGGCCAAAUUCGUUUCUUCUCAUCAAGAGCACACAGUCUCUCUGAAAAAUGGGGCAAUGUAUCCGUUGUGCUUGCAGGAGAUUAUAACAGCACUCCUCAGAGUGCAAUUUACAAAUUCUUGUCGUCAUCUAAGCUGAACAUUAUGCUACAUGACAGAAGAGAUUUGUCUGGUCAGAGAAGCUGCCGUCCUACUCAAGUUCUAGGUCUCAAAAGAGAAAAGAACAGUCUGUUUGUUUUGAUGGACAGGUUUUUUAAAUAUUGCUGGACUGAUGAAGAGGUUAAAGUUGCUGCUGGCAGUCCUGGGUGCCGAAUAGUUAUGCACCCAUUAAAGCUUAACAGCUCCUAUGCCACGGUGAAGGGGUCUACAAGAACAAGAAGUCCUGAUGGUGAACCUUUAGCCACUUCCUACCACUCAAAAUUUCUUGGAACUGUUGACUAUUUGUGGUAUUCUCAUGGUCUUUUACCUACCAGAGUUUUGGAGACAGUCACAAUUGAUGUCCUCAGCAAAACAGGUGGUCUUCCAUGCAAGAAAUUGGGCAGUGAUCACUUGGCCUUGGUUUCUGAGUUUGCCUUCAUGCCAGGCACCAAAGAAGACAACAAAAUCAGCGCCAUAACAACCUUGGCAACAUUGUCUGCUCUGGCCUCCCCACCACCUGAGGAAGACGAUGACUCUUUUGUUUAAUGGCUUGGUGUUACUGCAACAUAAUAAUUUUGAGGUGGGUAUUGGAGACUUCUGCAAAUUGAAGUUCAUAUCAGCCAAAGCAUGUGGAGCAUAAUAGAAGUACACCAGUUCAUGAUCCUUGCAUUUCAUAUGUUUAUGGCACUAACAAGGCCCAAAUUUAAGCUUUCCAGCUCUGGCAUGUUGCUUGAAUUGAUUUCCACUGUGUAAAUCUCCCUCAACCUCCCUCCCCAUUGCCCUGAAUUGCAUGAAGGGUGUUGUGUGGUUUUGGAUGCAUGUUGACAUUAAUAAGAGGGAUCCAAAUUUCUUUGUCGUUCCCAUGGAAACGAUACAACUGAAAUGAUC